UCUGCUUGUAUCUCAUUUCCAUUUCCAUAAAAACAAGAGCCAUUCAUUCAUCAUAAUCAAAUUCCCAUUUUAUUGAAGACACAACACAACAUGAUCCUUCUAACCCCAAGAACAGUCGCAGCAGGCAGCUAUGGCUGUCCUAUCCCAGACCAUCUCUCACAAAGUACACACCUUAUCCUUCUCAUAUCCCAUUCUACUUCCCCAAAUAACCUAGCAACUGACACAACAACAACCACCACCCCCCUCAUCAGACCCCUCACCUUCUACCAAUUCAACAUGCUCGUCUCCGGCACCUGCACCUGCACCAUCAUAAUCCUACCCCUAAUCUUCAAUCUGAUGCACCGACACGCCACACACAUGAGCAACCCUAAUGAACAACUCAAGUACCCCUUUCCCCUUCCCUCAGUUCCCACAAACACUAACAUACCACUCCCCCUUGGCGGUGGGGGGAAAAUCUACAACCUCAUCCACUCGUACCCAAUCCUCUCCUUCAUCUCAUUCUGCUUUCCAAACUCUUACAUUCUACCUGCAGGGAUUCACAGAGGUACUUUAUAAUAAGGAGACGUAGUUCUAGGUUUAACAUUUUCUAGGCAGGCUUUGAUAGGAGGGGGAAACAGGUUUCGGGCUUAAGUCAUACACCGGAAGACAAUUCAUCUCAGGCAAGUCUGUAUAGGCAUCGAAGUAUUGCAUACCGCAUUCCGGUUGGUCUUUCAGAUUUGAACCAUCAAUAGCCGGGCGUGUUCAUUAUCAGUUAUCAUUGGACCUCAGAAUUCUGUCGUGAUGUUGUGUGUAAAAACAGACGUACUAAUUGCU